AAUGAACAAGCCUGCCAAAAAAUUAGUGAAGAAUGCAAAGCCAUCCUCCAAGAGUAUAUUCGGCGAUAUAGCCUCUCUCCAGAACUACGAUCCUGUUCUGCUAUUUUUGAUUGGAUAUAACUACGCAAAAUUUGAAGCUACAAACUCAGAUCCCAACUUUGUCAGCAUCGCUGGAGAACUCCAGAAAGCCUUAAGCCAGCUGGGAAACACAAGUGGUGACAGACUGGAGAUUUAUGACCGCUUGUACUCCCAAGAGAACCUGAAUGAAGUACUUUCUCUUAGAUGUCUCCAGAACAAAGUGGUCAAGGCCAAAGCUCCAAAUAAACAAAACUCUAACAGAGCCAAAUGUCCAAAAAGUGAAGCUAGAGCAAGGCAGCCUAAUGCUGUAGUGCAGAACAAUGGGAGUGAGAUGUACCCUGAACUAGGUGAGUUUAGGAACCCAGCACUUCCUUUGUACGACUUUGAACCUGUCAAUGUCUACCCAGCAUUUUUGCAAGAGAAUUUUGGGAAUGAAGAUGCCAAAAUUGCUCCUGAAAUGCCUGUCCAGAAAUAAAAAGCUAGACCAACAGGAUCCUCCAGAGCCUGUUGAUAAUAGACUUGAAUGAGGUAUCUGCUAUGAAAAGAUCGAGCUCUCAGAGAUCCUCUUCAUGGACUGUGCUCACUCAUACUGUAAGGACUGCAUCCAAGGACAUAUUAAUUCUAAGGUUGAGGAAAGAGUGUUCCCAAUCAAGUGUCCUGACGAGAACUGAGCACACACAAUCUCUGAUGAGGAGCUCCAAGAGUUCCUCAACAGCUUUCAAGAUUACGCUAAAGUAAAGAUGGAAGAGACUAAACUCUCUUUGGAGCAGAGCGAUGAGGUGUACUACAACUGUCUGACUCCUGACUGCAAGAACCAGUUUGUACAUUCUCCUGAUGGAGAGGACUAUAGCUACACAUGCUUCUUCUGCCACAAAAGUUAUUGCCUCAGAUGUAAAGUUGAAUGGCAUGAGAAUUUCUCAUGUGAAGAGUACAGGAAAUACAAGGGAUAUCCCGAAGAAGACAGACAGUUCCAGAAGUACUUAGAUGGCACUCCUUUCAAGCAAUGCCCUAAAUGUGGUCACUGGGUUGAGAAAGUAUCUGGAUGCAACCACAUCACUUGCAGAUGCAAGUAUGAGUUCUGCUACAUUUGCACUGCUAAACAUAAGACAUGAAACUGAUAAUUAUUCACGAAAAUUACUUUUUGUUUAA